ACCAUUUAGAGCUCGAUCUUGCCCUUCCCUCUCUCCCUCUUCCUGUUUGCAGUUUAAGGCGUGAGCUCUCAGCUCUCAACUUCUACCUUCAGCGUCCAUGUCUGUCUGCUUCCACACUCCCCCAGGGCAAUGGCUCCUGGGAUAAAGAAAGCAAAGGAAGUCUGGAGUGGAGACGAAGAAACCCCAGGCACUCUGAGAGCUGCUACCUUUUCCAUGUGUGCUGCCAGACACUUCUCGUCAGGGACCAAAUACCCCAAGCAGGGAGUGGAGAGAGGCCUGGGCUGGGCCAGACUUCCUGGGCUUUAACCUGUGCUCCAAGUAGGUGGGUCACAUUUUCCCCAGCGGGAGUUGAAGAGUCACCUGGUGCUUCAACGGGACUGAUUUCCUGGGCCUGGAGUUGGAGAUCAGAGGCGUCUGAUCCUCAGAGUCUGGGAAGACUGACAGAAGGAGGUGACCCAAGGUCCAGGAGUGCAGGCUCCACCCCUGAGCUGAGCUCACCCGUGGCGGUUCCACUUACCUUACUUCUGCCUUCAGGGUCUGACAUGGCUCACCUGAUGGCUGGGCAGUGGUUGCUCCUGCUGAUGUGGAUGGCCGAAUGUGCCCAGUCCAGAGCUACUCGGGCCAGGACCGAACUUCUCAAUGUCUGCAUGGAUGCCAAGCACCACAAAGAAAAGCCAGGCCCAGAGGACAAGUUACACGACCAGUGCAGCCCCUGGAAGACGAAUGCCUGCUGCUCCACCAACACAAGCCAGGAAGCACAUAAGGACAUUUCCUACCUGUACCGAUUCAACUGGAAUCACUGUGGAACUAUGACCCCGGAGUGCAAACGUCACUUUAUCCAAGACACCUGCCUCUAUGAGUGUUCCCCGAACUUGGGACCCUGGAUCCAGCAGGUGGACCAGAGCUGGCGCAAAGAGCGGAUCCUUGAUGUUCCCCUGUGCAAAGAAGACUGUGUGCUGUGGUGGGAGGACUGCAAGAGCUCUUUUACCUGCAAGAGCAACUGGCACAAGGGAUGGAACUGGACCUCGGGGCAUAAUGAGUGCCCUGUGGGAGCCUCCUGCCAUCCCUUCACUUUCUACUUCCCUACACCUGCUGUUCUGUGUGAGAAAAUCUGGAGUCACUCCUACAAGCUCAGCAACUACAGCCGAGGGAGCGGCCGCUGCAUCCAGAUGUGGUUCGACCCAGCCCAAGGCAACCCCAACGAGGAAGUGGCGAGGUUCUAUGCCGAGGUCAUGAGUGGAGCUGGGCUUCGCGAGGCCUGGCUGCUGGUGUGCAGCCUGUCCUUAGUGCUGUUCUGGGUGCUCAGCUGAGUUCCUGUUACUCCUUGUCUGGAGCUCCACCCUGCCCGGCUUAGCCUCCCAGCUCCCAGCCUCCUUUGUGGUGGGGCUCUGACAGCCUGUUUAGUAAACCAGACAUUCUA